UCGCGGUGACGGCGGCGGGGCCGCGCGCGCCCGGGAUGGAGAUCAGGCCCCACGCGGGGCACGCGGAGAGUCGGAAGGAGCACUGGAAGCUCCUUGGCAACCUGAAGACCACAGUGGAAGGUUUGGUGUCUAUAAGCAACCCAAAUGUCUGGUCCAAGUAUGGCGGCUUGGAACGGCUCUGCAGAGACAUGCACAGCAUCCUCUACCAUGGGCUCAUGCAUGACAAGGUGUGCUGCAGACAGAAGGAUUACUGGCACUUUGUGAAGGACAUUCGCUGGCUGAGUCCAGGCUCUGCUCAUCAUUUGGAGAAGUUCAUCAACCUGCAGGAGAGUGGCCAGUGUGACCCCAAGGGCCCAGGGGACCAGGCCAUUGCGCAGCUGUGGCUGCAGCACAGCCUGCAGUGCCACUGCCUGUCAGCGCAGCUGAGGCCGCUCCUGGAGAACCGGCAGUACAUCAGGAAGUUCUACACAGAUACUGCCUUCCUGCUCAGUGACGCCCACGUCACAGCCAUGCUGCAGUGCCUGGAAGCUGUUGAGCAGAACAACCCCAGGCUUCUGGCUCAGAUCGACACUUCCAUGCUGGCCGGCACGUCACUGCCGUCCCUGUGCGCAUCAGACCCUUCUGCUGGGACAAGAGAGAUGUGUGAUCACAGUGGUGAGGGACACAAGAGCCGUCUGCCAGGAGCGCUGGGCUGCCUGGAUCAUUUCACUGAGAGCCUGCUUACCAGGAAGAGUGACAGUCCGUCUCCAGUGACGAAGAGUCAGAGCCUGACUGCCCUCCCUGCAUCCCUGAGUGUCCCUGCUGCCACCUGCACACAGCAGCGCUGCUUUGGGUCCUUCUCCAGCCUCCAGCAUGCAGCCUCCUCUGGCCUCUCAGACAGGAGACCAGUGAGUUCCUGUGGCAGCUCCAACUCCAGCCAGCCCCAGGAGCGCUGCCCGUCCACCCGGUCCUCCUCCUUCAGUGAGGGCAGGUCCCCUCUGGAGCAGCCCAGCUCUGUCACCCGCUUCCACGUCCCCUCACCCAAAGACCCUGUCUUUCCAGCCAGCGAGAUGAGCUCCAGCACCACCAGCCAAAGCGAGGACACUUGGACAGGGAGUCAGGAUGAUCCACAGAGUGAUGUUAAUGAUGGGCCGGAGUACCUGGCCAUUGGGAACUCGGGACGCCGGGGCCGGGCAUGCAGCAGCACCAGCACCAGCAGCACCAAGAGCAGUAGCUCCAAACUCUUCUCCUCCAGCGGCUCCCAGAAGCUGGACUCAGUAUCGUCCCUGGGGGAGCAGGGAGCAAGUGGAGGUGGCAGCAGGGGCCUGAGCCUGUUGCGCCGGUCCAGCUUCUCAGAGGGACAGUCUUCAGCUCCACAGGGCAUCCUCAAGAAGAGCCAUGUGCGCUCACACUCUGACACCAAUGUGACUUCUGGGAAGUUGCACGAGUCCCAUGGUGAUCCAAGUGGAGGGAGAGGGCCCAUCUCUGCUUCCACACAGAGCAGUGAACUGAGUACACCCAGCUCCCUCUACAUGGAGUAUGACUCUGGACAGUACCUGAGCUCGGGGGAAGGGAUGUUCAGGAGACCUUCAGAAGGGCAGUCCCUCAUCAGCUAUCUCUCUGAGCAGGACUUUGGCAGCUGUGCAGACCUGGAGAAGGAGAACGCCCACUUCAGCAUCUCAGAGUCCCUGAUCGCUGCCAUUGAACUGAUGAAGUGCAACAUGAUGAGCCGGCAGCUGGAGGAGGAGGAAGAAGACAGUGACAAGGAGAUCCAGGAGCUUAAACAAAAGAUUCGCAUUCGGCGUCAGCAGAUCCGCACCAGACACCUGUUCCCUACCUGCCAGGAGAUGGGCUCAGACAGUCUCGUGGCAACAGACAGCGGGUCCCAGUUCAGCUCCCAUGGCUCCAUGCGGCUCUCUGACUCUGGCUCUGCAGAGGAUGUGGAAGAGUACGAGAUCCAAGAUGGUAACGAUGGAUCUAACCUGAUUCAAAUGUCCAAGAACGGCCUCUCAGUGUCAAUGGCUUCCUUGUUCUCAGAUGCAGACAUCAAGAGGAACCCAGACUCCAGCAGGAAGUCCUUUCUCUCCUCAGACUCCAUAUCCCACUCCUUCCUCAAUUCAAACUCGGCAGAGGCAGUGGCCAUGGGCUUGCUGAAGCAGUUUGAGGGCAUGCAACUCCCAGCUGCCUCUGAAUUGGAGUGGCUGGUCCCUGAGCAUGACGCCCCACAGAAGCUCCUGCCCAUCCCUGACUCUCUGCCUAUCUCUCCCGACGACGGAGAGCACGCCGACAUCUACAAGUUGAGGAUUCGGGUACGCGGAAACCUGGAGUGGGCCCCGCCGCGACCGCAGAUCAUCUUCAAUGUUCACCCAGCCCUAGCGAGGAAGGUGGCUGUGGCCAAACAGAAUUACCGGUGUGCAGGCUGUGGCAUCCGGACUGAUCCUGAUUACAUCAAGCGGCUGCGGUACUGUGAAUACCUGGGCAAGUAUUUCUGCCAGUGCUGCCACGAGAACGCCCAGACCGUCAUCCCCAGCCGCAUCCUGCGCAAGUGGGACUUCAGCAGGUACUAUGUGAGCAACUUCUCCAAAGACUUGCUGAGCAAGAUCUGGAGUGACCCACUCUUCAACGUGCAAGCUAUCAAUCCUGCCCUGUACCAGAAAGUGAAAGCUCUCAACCAAGUGCGGCUGCUGCGAAUCCAACUUUUCCACAUGAAGAACAUGUUCAAGAUGUGCCGGCUAGCUAAAGACCUCCUGGACUCCUUUGACACAGUGCCUGGCCACUUGACAGAGGAUUUGCACCUCUACUCGCUGAGUGACUUCAGUGCCAUCAAAAAAGGGGACCUGAUGCCUCGCCUGACAGAGCUCCUGAAGGCAGGCAGCCUGCACAUUGACAAGUGCAUGUUGUGCCAAGCCAAAGGCUUCAUCUGUGAGUUCUGCCAGAAUGAGGAUGACAUCAUCUUCCCCUUUGAGCUCAACAAGUGCAAGACAUGUGAAGAGUGCAAAGCCUGCUACCACAAAUCCUGCUUCAAAUCCACCCGCUGUCCCCGGUGCGAGCGUCUUCAAGCCCGGAGAGAGCUGAUGGCCAAGCCGAGCCUGGAGUCCUACCUCUCGGACUAUGAAGAUGAGCUGGAGCAGCCGGAGGCAGUAGCAGCCACAUGAACAUGGUGCAGCCAAGGAGCAGAUCAUGAGUUUAUUUAUGUGCAUGGCCCUCAUCACCAGAGACUGAGCCACGCAGAUUGGGGAUGAGGAGGACUGUUGGGAGGCCUGGAGUGCUGUCUUGAAGGGAUCUCUUUUUCCCUCAUGCAGUAGUGCUGGGCUGGGAAAGGAGCAUAUUCCACCAUGUGGAUCUGCUCCAGGUACCACUCCCACUCCCUGAUGCCUUUGCUUGUGGGGAGGCAGCUGCUCCUGCCUUCACUGCAGGCAGAACAGGGACAUUUCCCAAGCAGUUGUUCCUGCUGGACCUGGCAGGGUUGUGCUGUCCAUCCCUGUGCCCUGCUCUGAGCUGAGCAGGAUCCCCUGAAGGGUCAGCACGCUCUGGUCACAUCUGCUCCUUGGAGGAGAGAAUCAGAUCUCAGUCCUCUGAUCCUCCAUUCUGCUGCUGGGGGUUGUGUGCAUGGAGGGAGGGUGGGCUUUGGGGUUGGUUGUAUAUUUAACAGCU